AGAGACUGAUGUGGGGCUCAAUCCCAGGAAUCUGAGCUGAAGCAUGAUGUACUGGAAGGAAUAUGAGAGUCUGGGAUUAGAAGCACUUUAAGGGCAUGAGUCCCAGACUCUGUACUACCAGCUGUGUGACCUUGGGGAAGUCACUUCAUCCAUCUGAGGCUUGUUUUUCUUGCCUGUCAAAUGAAAAAUAAAAGACACCGAACUUUCAAGUUUACUCCUCUAUCAGUGUUAGCUCCUCGUACAGGAGUACUGUGGGCUUCUGGUGGAGCACAUGUUAAAAAUAAUGAAAGAACAAGCAAUUUACAAACACCAAAACCUGGAGGAGGUUUGGGAAGAAAAGCAGAGCCUGGAGAGAAGCACCUCCGAUGUGAGAGAUGCUACGCAAGACACGACCCAGUCAAUCCAUCCUUUUGAGGAAUAUCAAUUAACGUUGUCCAGCAGUUCAAGAACCUCAAGGCUGACUAACCUUCGCAAAGGAGGCCGACUCCUGCAUCUGGAGGGCAUGGCUGAGGCAGCACGGACACCUGGGAACAAAGUAGAGAACCAUCCAUGGAAGCUCUGGGCCUUGCUUCUGGAUGGAAGAUUAAAUCGCCUUACAAGGAAAGUAAGCACCCAGGGACAUGUGUUGGAUCCUUACUGGAAGGCAGGAUGUCCAAUUUUACCUCGCGAAAAAUGUCUCCCACAGGAAAUGAUAUGAAGAGUACCACUCAGGGGACCACACUGAGGCAACAGGGUUUUCAUGAGGUUAACAAAAGAAGGACUUUCUUACAAGACAACAGCUGGAUAAAGAAACGUCCCGAAGAAGAAAAAGAUGAAAAUUAUGGUAGGGUGGUGCUCAACCGACAUAACUCCCAUGAUGCCUUGGACAGGAAAGCAAAUGAGAGAGAUGAGCCAAAAGCUAUGAUUAGUCGGUACAGAUCUGAUGACUCUUUAGACAGGAUCUCAGACAGAAAUGAUGCCGCCAAAACAGAUAAGACCAAUACCUUGGAUAACCGACUAACCAAUAGAAACAUGUCCACGUUUAGAUCACCAGAAGCAACGAAGAUGCAACCUGGAGUUUCGUUCAGUGCCAACACCACCAGCACCCCAGCUCCCACCUCUGCUACAACUCCUGUAAAGAAAAAGAGACAGUCCUGGUUUCCACCACCUCCUCCAGGUUACAGCACCACCCCAAGCACAGGAGCAAGCAGAAGGGAACCAACUGUUCACCCUCCAAUACCUCCAAAGCCCAGUUCUCCUGUUUCAUCUCCUAACCGGCUGAGACGGGAGAAUAGGCAGAUAUGUCCACCUAAACCAUGUGUAUAUACAGAAACCAACAGAUCUGCUGAAAGAAAUAUAAGGAGUCAGGAUCUCGAGAACAUUGUCAAAGUGGCCACUUCACUUCAGAAAACUAACAAGGGUGAAGAAUUGGAUAAUCUCAUCAAAAUGAACAAAAGCUUGAAUAGAAAUCAAGGUCUUGAUGGUCUCUUCAGAGCAAAUCCUAAGGCAGAGCAAACAGAGAAAAGAGCCAAAAGCCUUGAAAAUCUCAUUUUUAUGAAUACUCGGACAGACAAAGACGGCAAAGGAAACCAAGGCCUUGGAAGUCUUAUUAAAGUUAAUCAAAGGACUGACAAAAAUGAGAAAGGAGGUGAAGACCUUGAUAAUCUUAUCAAAGCAAAGCCCAAAGGAAGUGAAAACACCACUGGCAAACAAGACCUCAAUGGAUUUGUUAAAGUGAAUCCUGAAACAAAUAAAAGUAUCAAGAGGGGCCAGAGCCUUGACAAUCUCAUUAAAGUGACUCCUGAAGUAAACAGAAGUAACGCAAGUUCCAAAGAUCUUGAUAACCUCAUCAAAGUGGUUCCAAGAACAGGAAAAAGCAUGCAAGGUGGCCAAAGUCUUGACAGCCUCAUCAAAGUGUCUCCUGAAACAAACAGAACUAACCAAAGCAGGAAAGAAGGUCUUGAUGAACUUAUUAAUGUGAGCCCCAAAGCUGUCAAAAACAUGGCUGGAAAUCAAGAUCUUGAUAAGCUCAUCAGAGUGAAUCCUGAAACUCUCACCAACAACCAGAGAAAUCAGGAUCUGGAUAACCUCAUCAAAGUGAAUCCUGCAGUGACCAGAAGCAGUCAGAGUGAAGGCUUGGACAACCUUGUUAAAGUGAAAUCUUCAGCUCUCAGAAACCCUGAGCGAGACCAAGACCUGAAAAAUGUAACUGAAGUAAAUUCUAAUGUGCCUAAAAACAAAAAUGGAAGGCUAGAUGGCCAAGUCGAUGGAUCCACAGAUGCUUUAAACAACCAGCUCACUAGAACUCCUGCCCAUAUGUAUGAAGCCAGGAGAAAUCUCAGCUUCAAUGCUGAAACCAGGCAUGCAGGACCGAAGGAUACCUUUGUGUAUACAAGGACAUACGUGGAGAACAGUAAAUCACUGAAGGAUGGAUAUCAGAAUAUCUCUGGAAAAUACAUACAAACUGUUUAUUCGACUUCAGAUAGGUCUGUCAUUGAAAGAGAUAUGUGUACUUAUUGCCGGAAACCUUUGGGCACAGAAGCAAAAAUGAUUUUAGAUGAAUUACAAAUUUGCUGCCAUUCCACUUGCUUCAAGUGUGAAAUAUGCAAACGGCCUUUGGAAAACCUACAAGCAGGUGACAGUAUUUGGAUUUACAGGCAGACAAUACACUGUGAACCUUGCUACUCUAAAGUAAUGGCUAAGUGGAUUCAAUAAUUCUGGCACAUGGAAAUCAAGAGAAAAGCAUUCAUUAGGAAGUUAAAUUUUAUUUUAAGAAUAUGUCAUCUAGAAAAGCUUUUACAUUGAAGAUUGACUCUUGUAUACAACUAACAAUUCUGCUAUUGCAUAAAUAAUCUAAUUGCCUUCAAUAAGGUCAUAUACAUAAAGGAAGCCAUCUGGUAUCUGGUUAGAUUUAGCCAUGAAAAAUUCAAGUGGUUCCAGUUACCAAUGUCAAAGGAAUGAUGCUUCUGAUGGCAGUGAGCUGUGUCAACCCUAACUAGGUCCAUCUCUGCUCCGUAAGUGGGCUGCGCAUCGUGGUUGCCAUUAUAGACAAGUUUCUUUUUUUCCCAUCUUUGUUUCCCUAAAGAUUUGUAUUUACAGACAUUAUUGACAUCCUGACAAACUGUCAAAAAGGCAAGAUAUAUUUCUUUUAUGUUCAAAAGAAAUGUUGAUAGAAAUUUUUUUAUGAAGUUUGGCAGAAAGAUGUUUCAUAUAAAGUUGUAUGAACCUCAGAGAAUCACUUGACCCUUCCAUACAAAAUGAUUGGUCCCUUUCUGCUCCCCACAUUUUCUGAUUCUAAAGCAAGUGUUGUUUUCUCUUUAAAAGCAUAUUUGAAUAUGUGUUUGUUAAGCAUAUUGAACUAAAUAGUACAUCUAAACAAUUUAAUGUUAUCCUUCAGUUUGCCACAGAUAUAAUUUUUAUAGAAUGUUUUAAAAACAGAAACAUGGAUUUAUGGGUAAUGGGUAAAAUUAUACAUGAUGUGUAUAGUUUACAUAUUAUAAAUUGUUAGAUUUUCUUUGCAUGCAUUUCAAAAUCCAAGUAUAUGAAUAAUCUCUGAGAAAUAAUGGUUGUGGAUUACAAAGACAUGUUCUUUUGCUUGUCGCAUCUAUUCAUAUUACAUAGCACUUUACAGCUGCCGACAGCUUAUAAAUAAAAAUAAAAUGAACUACCAGUUACA